AUGGGAGACAGUUUGAAGACACCUUUCGCCCGUUCCAAGUCAACCAAAUGGUGCUGCCCCGAGGGUCGACUCUUCCACAUCUUUGCCCUCCUCUGCGGCCCGAUCGCCCACGAUGCAAACCCGCAGGUCUCCAUCUUUCAAGACUCACAAGUGGAGGCGAUUGAGAAGUCCCCAAAGGUCGAGAGAAGGUCCGAGUCGAAGUUCAAGGCCUUCUUCAAAAGCAGCGAUGACGACGGCACAUCCAAAGGCACGGGCUACGCGACGGGCGAGGUCUAUGGAAAGAGAGAGGAGCCGAAUGAGCUUGUCCGUAAUCGUCGUGAGAAGCUCGAGAAUAGCAUGGAACUUUUACCCAGGCUCUUCGCCGCACUCUCGAUAGCAUGGCCCUCAACUUCCAUGGCUCACCAGUUCGAUCGGAACCCCCACCCGUUAUUGAUGGUCAUGGCUCGCCGAAGCCCACUCAUGGUGAGGAUGGCCGAGCUUCUCCGAGAUGAUAGCAUGGAACAGAUCAUGCAACAAGGGCUUCCGUACCACGCCCUGUUCGACUUUCUCCAUGUGAUCUCAGCACAUCCCGCCACGGCUCCGCUGGUCUGUGAUGUUCGAAUUAACUAUCACCUCGCACACACUUUAUUGCCAGUCUGCUUCGGUAAUGGCCCUCUCCCGAUGCCAGACAGGCCUGCAAGCUCCAGUGAUAAGGCGAAGGGAAAGAGGAAAGCGGAGGAGCUGUGUGAGAAGCAGGAGCAGCCUCAAGAAAAGCUCAAGUCGUUGCUUAGCCUACUCUCUGUCUUGAGAAUCCAGGCGGAAUCGGUGAAGCGGCUCUACAAACCCGUUCCCGGGGGUCUUUCGCAGACGAUACUCAUGUGCAACCGUAUCUGCGAUACUUAUCAGCAACUCAAAGAAGAUCAUCCCAAAAAGGCAAAGACGGAAGUGACUGUUGACGAAGGAAGCACCCCUGCCUCUCUGACCCAUUCACUGUCCUCUGCUUCGUCGGUAGGAGGACCACCUACCAUCCCGGACGACAAGCGAGAGAGACUCGCAGCCGCCCGGCAAUGGCUCAGCGAGAACAAGGUACAGGAGAUGGAGUCAGAAAGCUGGCUGAGUGACUAUAGAAUUGCCCUUCCGGUCUCGGAAGCCACUGCCCACGGCCGUACGAAGAAGCUCGUCAUGGAGCUCUCCAUGCUGCGAACUACGCUCCCCGACGGCAUCUUUGUUCGCUACGAUGGCACGCGGUUGGACGCCAUGAAGGCCCUCAUCGUCGGACCCGAAGACACGCCCUACGAGAAUGGACUCUUCGAAUUUGACCUAUUCUGCCCUCUCGAUUAUCCGGCGAGGCCACCAAAGAUGGUUUUUAGAACAACGUACAGUCGUCGAGAGUUCAACCCGAACCUGUACCCAAGUGGCAAAGUCUGUUUCUCCCUCCUCGGCACCUGGGAGGGUAGCGCCACCGAAAUCUGGGACCCAACAAAGUCCACCCUCCUCCAGCUCCUCGUCUCCGUCCAAGCCAUGAUUUUCAACCCGGACCCGGUAUGGAACGAACCUAAUCAGACAUUCUCCCCAACUGCCUCGCUGGUGUACAAGACGGAGAUGCGCGCCGAUACCCUCGUCUUCGCCAUGAGCCACUGGCUGCAUCUGCGCAAAAACGCCAACCCGGUCGAGUAUAACCCUUGGUUCGAGGUUGUGUCCCGCCACUUUGAGAUGAACUGGCGACGAAUUCUUGAGAAGGCUGAGGUCUGGGCCGCGGAAGACCCCGGGAGUCAAAGCAAAGCCGAAAAUGAGUUGGGCAUGUUCAUGAGGGGCAGGCACUCCAAGGAGAGGUUCCCCUGCGGGAUCCGUACGCUUAAAGGGCACUUUGCCGAGUGGGCUACGUCUAAAGACGAGUUGGCUCUCGUGAAGCUUGGUCCUGAAGAGGAAGCUGGGACGACGUAUAUGCCCCUGGAGAGUCAGCUUAAUGUAGACUCUGAUGCGUCUGAUUUAUCUGACGAGGAUGACGAAGACGACGAGAACGAUGGGGAUGAUGGGGACGACAUGGACGACGUGGACGACGAGUUCGAUGAAAAUGAUAAUCUACCACCAACAAAUGGCAUACCCUAUGUACCGGCACCGCCACCUCACUAUCAUCUGAGCUCCCUCGAUAUUCUUUGA